AUAAAAGAGGGAAUAUUAUUCUGCAAAAUUCACCAAAGGCAGUGCCGCAGUAGCCGCAUGAACAAAAAUGUGGAAGAGAAGGUAACAACAAAACAAAGAAAUCAAAAGGGCUGCUUUAACCAGAAAAUCGAAUUUGAUAGCGGAAGUAAAACCAUGGAAACAGGCAAAGAAAACGCAGACGGUGAAACCCAAAAUCAGAACCCUCUUCCUAAUCCUAAUAUUCCUAAUCCUCCUACAACUAAUCCUAAUCGGAGCAGUAACAGAGGAGGAGGAUCCAUGGGAAAGUCCUGCAAGGGUUGCCUCUAUUACUCCUCUAUUCAGAAAUCCAAGUCCAAGAACCCCACCUGCGUUGGCUUCUCUAGAACCCUCCAACAAGGUGCAUUACCAGUUCCCAGCUACAUUGUGGGGGAAACUGAACUGGAAGCUUCUAAAGAGGGCCGCAGUCUUACAGAUUUCAAGUAUGCUUGCAUAGGAUACUCGGUAUUCUUGAAUAAGAAAGAUUCUUCAAAUGAUCCACAGAAUAAACAAGCGGAGUUGCCAUUUUGUGUUGGUCUUGAGGUAUUGCUGGAUAAAAGGCCUGUAAACCAUGAUGCUGCCCAUGCUAAUAAAAGUGAAGAAAAAGUCCGAACAUUUCCUCAACCUCGAACCUAUAAACCUCCUCAUCCAACAGGAGAUGAGUACCUAAACAGGUUUAAGAGGAAUGCAGGCCUAGUAGCUUCAGGUGUGGCUAGGAAUGUGAACAGAGUGUGCAACUAUGUGAAAGAGAGUUUGGAUGACAUUCUAUACCCAUACAGGAGGCGGCCGAAGUGAACAGUGUUGUUAGCAGCUUCAGUGUAUACUUGAGAGAGAAAGAAAAUGCGCCAGUGCCAGGGGUUGGCAUUUUGCAGUAGGUUCGUGAAUUCUAACCAAGCUGUUUUCUAUGGCUCUCUCUUCUUGUAUCAGGUAAUAAAAGCUACUGAUGGGUAGAGGGAGGGUAUCUUUCACUGAUUUUUGUAGCAAAAUGCACUUGUUAUGUUUCCAUUAUGUAAUGGUUUUAUUUGUUUUGUAGCGAAAUCAAAUGGGAUGCUUGAUGUUUAAUAGGGAAUUAUUGAGUUGAUAAAUUUUCAAUCAAUGACAUGAGAUGUUAUUCUCAAUUUCAAAAAGAAA